UUAAUCCAAGUAAUUUUUCAUCAGUAUCAAAUAAUCAAUACAGUGUAGAUAAAAAUAUUAAUUUGGAGGAAAAUGGAACAUCGUUUUAUAACUUGGUGAGUGAAAAUUAUGAACAGCAACAAGUAGUACAACAUCAAUAUGAUCAAUUUAAUUUUUCAUCUCAACAAUUGGGACAACAUCAAUAUGAUCAAUUUAAUUGUUCAUCUCAACAACAAUUAGAGCAAAAUCAAUAUGACGAAUUUAGUUUUUCAUCUCAUCAAGAGUAUUACAAUUCCCAUAUGAUAAUGAACCACCAAAAUGAAAAUUAUCCAUUCAAUAAUCAUGGUGGAUAUGAUGAACAAGACUUUAAUCAAAUAUAUCCAGAUGAUCACAAUCAAUUUGAUACGUUAAAUCAGAAUGAUAAAAAUUUAGCAGAUCAUAUUCUUAAUAUCAUUAAUGAAAUGUUACCUCAAAUGAGUCAUCAAGAAUUGAAUGGAGCAACAAGUGAUGAAACAACAACACCACAAUCAGUCUUAUCAUCACCAUCACCAUCACCAUCAUCAUCAUGUGACUAUUCCAUCAAUGAUAAUUCAAGUGAUUUAUCAAGUGUAAUUGGAAAUUUAUUAAGUAAAAGUCUUGGAGAUGUUUAA